CCCGGCCGGCCGGCGCCCGGACCCCCGUCGCCGCCGUGCUCUGGCUCCUUGGCCUCGGGCGGGCCGCGCCGGGCGGCGGCGGCGGCGGCACUGGGCCGGGAGGAGGCCGGCGGGAUUACCGAGCGGCUCCGGCCCGGCCCGAGGGGGGAGAUGGCGUCCUACGUGGAUAACAGCUUCCGCCAAGCGGUGAUGAAGAACCCGGCGGAGAGGACCCCCCAGGAUCUGGAAAUAGUCUACUCCUAUUUACAUGGCAUGGAAGCCUUAUCGAACCUGAGGGAGCACCAACUUAGGUUAAUGUGUGAGACUGUGCGCUAUGAACGGCAUGAAGCAAAUGAAGUCCUGUACUAUCCUGACGAUAUUGGGACCUGCUGGUAUAUCCUCCUCUCUGGUUCCGUGUUCAUUAAGGAAUCCAUGUUUCUUCCAAGAAGCAGUUUUGGCAAGCGUUCUGCUGGAAGCUUCAGGCGUGCCUGUGAGUGCAUUGUUCUAGAGCCAUCUGAAAUGAUUGUGGUGGACUAUAUGGAUGAAAAUGAAGAAUACUUUCAGAGGCAAGCCUCCCACAGACAGUCCCGAAGAAGAUUUAGAAAAAUCAACCAGAAAGGCGAACGACAAACAAUUAUUGAUACAGUGGAUCCUUACCCUGUGGGCAAACCACCUUUGCCUAGGGGCUAUCACACGGAAUGCACUAAACCUCAGCUUCCUGCAGACUUCACAAAGCUCCACCUCACUGACAGUCUCCACCCACAGGUGACCCACGUGUCUUCCAGCCACUCAGGAUGUAGCAUCACAAGUGACUCUGGAAGCAGCAGUCUUUCUGAUAUUUACCAGGCCACAGAGAGUGAGGCUGGUGACAUGGACCUCAGUGGGCUUCCAGAAACGGCUGUGGACUCCGAGGACGACGACGACGAGGAGGACAUUGAGAGGGCGUCAGACCCCCUGAUGAGCAGGGACAUAGUGAGAGACUGCCUGGAGAAGGACCCCAUCGACAGGACCGAUGACGACAUUGAACAACUCUUGGAGUUUAUGCACCAGCUGCCUGCCUUUGCCAAUAUGACUAUGUCUGUGCGGCGGGAACUGUGUGCAGUGAUGGUGUUUGCGGUGGUGGAGAGAGCAGGGACCAUCGUGCUCAAUGAUGGAGAAGAGCUGGACUCCUGGUCAGUGAUUCUCAAUGGCUCUGUGGAGGUGACUUACCCAGAUGGAAAGGCAGAAAUCCUGUGUAUGGGAAACAGCUUUGGUGUCUCUCCCACCCUGGACAGAGAGUAUAUGAAAGGGGUUAUGAGAACAAAGGUGGACGACUGCCAGUUUGUCUGUAUCGCCCAGCAAGAUUACUGCCGUAUUCUCAACCAAGUAGAAAAGAACAUGCAAAAAGUUGAAGAGGAAGGAGAGAUAGUGAUGGUGAAAGAACACCGAGAACUUGACAGGACAGGAACUCGGAAGGGCCACAUCGUCAUCAAGGGCACUUCAGAAAGGCUAACCAUGCAUUUGGUUGAAGAACACUCUGUAGUAGACCCAACGUUCAUAGAAGACUUCCUGUUGACCUACCGAACUUUUCUUUCUAGCCCAAUGGAAGUGGGCAAGAAGUUAUUGGAGUGGUUUAAUGACCCGAGCCUCAGGGAUAAGGUUACACGGGUAGUAUUAUUGUGGGUGAAUAAUCACUUCAAUGACUUUGAAGGAGAUCCUGCAAUGACUCGAUUUCUAGAAGAAUUUGAAAAUAAUCUGGAAAGAGAGAAAAUGGGUGGACAUCUUAGGCUGUUAAAUAUUGCGUGUGCAGCUAAAGCAAAGAGAAGACUGAUGACCUUAACAAAACCGUCCCGAGAAGCUCCUCUGCCUUUUAUCUUACUGGGAGGCUCUGAAAAGGGAUUUGGAAUCUUUGUUGACAGUGUGGAUUCAGGUAGCAAAGCGACUGAAGCAGGCUUGAAACGUGGGGACCAGAUAUUAGAAGUAAAUGGUCAAAACUUUGAAAAUAUCCAGCUGUCAAAAGCCAUGGAAAUUCUGAGAAAUAAUACACAUCUAUCUAUCACUGUGAAAACCAAUUUAUUUGUAUUUAAAGAACUUCUAACAAGAUUGUCAGAAGAAAAAAGAAACGGUGCACCUCACCUUCCUAAAAUUGGAGACAUCAAAAAGGCCAGUCGCUACUCCAUCCCAGACCUCGCCGUAGAUGUAGAACAAGUGAUAGGACUUGAAAAAGUAAAUAAGAAAAGUAAAGCCAACACUGUUGGAGGAAGGAAUAAGCUAAAAAAGAUACUUGAUAAAACUCGGAUCAGUAUCUUGCCUCAGAAACCAUAUAAUGACAUUGGGAUUGGUCAAUCUCAGGAUGACAGCAUAGUCGGACUAAGGCAGACAAAACACAUCCCAGCUGCUCUGCCUGUCAGCGGAACCUUGUCAUCCAGCAACCCUGACUUGCUGCAGUCCCACCACCGUAUUCUAGACUUCAGCGCUACUCCUGACUUGCCAGAUCAAGUGCUACGGGUAUUUAAGGCUGACCAGCAAAGCCGAUACAUCAUGAUCAGUAAGGACACCACAGCAAAGGAAGUGGUCAUUCAGGCUAUCCGGGAGUUUGCUGUGACUGCCACCCCAGAUCAAUAUUCUCUGUGUGAGGUCUCCGUCACUCCUGAGGGGGUCAUCAAGCAAAGACGACUUCCAGAUCAGCUUUCCAAACUAGCUGAUAGAAUACAACUGAGUGGAAGGUAUUAUCUGAAAAACAACAUGGAAACGGAAACACUGUGCUCGGAUGAGGAUGCUCAGGAGUUGUUACGAGAGAGUCAGAUUUCCCUGCUUCAGCUCAGCACAGUGGAAGUUGCCACACAGCUCUCAAUGCGGAAUUUCGAGCUCUUCCGCAACAUUGAACCUACUGAAUACAUUGAUGAUUUAUUUAAGCUCAAGUCAAAAACCAGCUGUGCCAACCUGAAGAAGUUUGAAGAAGUCAUUAAUCAGGAAACGUUUUGGGUGGCCUCUGAGAUUCUGAGAGAGACAAACCAGCUGAAGAGGAUGAAGAUUAUUAAGCAUUUCAUCAAGAUAGCACUGCAUUGUCGUGAAUGCAAGAAUUUCAACUCCAUGUUUGCAAUCAUCAGUGGCCUAAACCUGGCACCAGUGGCAAGACUGCGAACCACCUGGGAAAAACUUCCCAAUAAAUACGAAAAGCUAUUCCAGGACCUCCAAGACCUCUUCGAUCCUUCUAGAAACAUGGCAAAAUACCGUAAUGUCCUCAGUGGCCAGAACCUGCAGCCUCCUGUCAUCCCCCUGUUCCCCGUCAUCAAGAAGGACCUCACAUUCCUCCACGAAGGAAAUGACUCAAAGGUAGAUGGACUGGUGAACUUUGAGAAGCUAAGGAUGAUUGCAAAGGAAAUCCGUCACGUUGGCCGAAUGGCUUCCGUCAACAUGGACCCGGCCCUCAUGUUCAGAACGCGGAAGAAGAAGUGGCGGAGUCUGGGGUCGCUCAGCCAGGGCAGUGCGAACGCCACAGUACUGGAUGUUGCUCAGACAGGCGGCCACAAAAAGCGUGUGCGCCGUAGCUCCUUCCUCAAUGCCAAAAAGCUGUAUGAAGAUGCCCAAAUGGCUCGGAAGGUGAAGCAAUACCUGUGCAAUUUGGAGCUGGAAAUGGAUGAGGAGAGUCUCCAGACCCUAUCACUGCAGUGUGAGCCAGCCACCAACACAUUACCCAAGAACCCUGGUGAGAAGAAGCCUGCCAAGUCUGAAACCUCCCCCGUGGCUCCACGAGCUGGGUCCCAGCCGAAGGCCCCGCCCCCGCAGCAGCCGCAGCCGCAGCCUCCGCCACAGAAAGCCAGCCAGGCCCUGCAGGUCCCUGCCGUGUCCCUGUACCCCUCUCGGAAGAAAGUGCCCGUGAAGGAUCUCCCACCAUUUGGCAUAAACUCUCCACAAGCUUUAAAGAAAAUUCUUUCUCUGUCUGAAGAAGGGAGUUUGGAGCGCCACAAGAGGCAAGCAGAAGACACCAUCUCCAGCGCGUCUUCCCAGCUAUCUUCGCCUCCCACUUCACCACAGAGUUCCCCAAGGAAAGGUGGCAGUGGCAGUCUACUGAGAUCUUUUGGCUCCGGGCAGUUGGACUUAACCAGUUCCUCCUCUUCUCUUGGAAGUGAGAACAAUAACAAGAAUAACAAUGCACCACGGACCUAUGGGAUAGGUUAUUCUUUGGCUCCCAGUGGUACUGUGGAUAAUUUUUCAGAUUCUGGUCACAGUGAAAUUUCUUCGCGAUCCAGUAUUGUCAGCAAUUCUUCCUUUGACGCAGUGCCAGUCCCGCCACAUGAGGAGAGGCGCCAGAGGCAUUCAGUCAGCAUCGUGGAAACUAGCCUGGGUGUGGGCAGGAUGGAGCGGCGCCCCCUGAUAGAGCCUGAUCAGUACAGCUUAGGGUCCUAUGCACCAAUGUCUGAAAGCCGAGGCUUGUAUGCCGCAGCUACGGUCAUUUCUUCUCCAAGCACAGAGGAGCUUUCCCAAGACCAGGGGGACCGUGCUUCCCUAGAUGCCGCGGACAGUGGCCGCGGGAGCUGGACUUCGUGUUCAAGCGGUUCCCACGAUAACAUCCAGACCAUCCAGCACCAGAGGAGCUGGGAAACACUUCCAUUUGGGCACACUCACUUUGACUAUUCAGGGGAUCCUGCAGGUUUAUGGGCCUCAAGUAGCCAUAUGGACCAACUUAUGUUUUCUGAUCAUAGCACAAAGUAUAACAGGCAGAAUCAAAGUAGAGAGAGUCUUGAACAAGCUCAGUCCCGAGCAAGCUGGGCAUCUUCCACGGGGUACUGGGGAGAAGACUCAGAAGGAGACACGGGAACAAUCAAACGCCGGGGUGGGAAGGAUGUCUCCAUUGAAGCUGAAAGCAGCAGUGUCACAUCUGUCACCACAGAGGAAAGCAAACCUGUCCCUGUGCCUGCCCACAUGGCUGUGACAGCCAGCACCGCCAAGGGACUCAUCACGCGCAAGGAGGGCCGGUACCGGGAGCCGCCGCCCACCCCUCCGGGCUACGUGGGCAUCCCCAUCACCGACUUCCCAGACGGACAUUCCCACCCGGCCCGGAAGCCCCCCGACUACAGCGUGGCGCUGCAGAGAUCGCGCAUGGUGGCCCGGCCAUCGGAGGCCGCCGGGCCCCCCUCUCCGGCACCGGGGCAGCCCCCCGCGGGCAGCGGCAGACCCUCCAGCAAGCCGCAGUGGCACAAGCCCAGCGACGCCGACCCCCGCCUGGCCGCCUACCAGCCGCAGGGGUUUCCCACCGAGGAGGACGAAGAGGAGCAGGUGUCCGCAGUGUGAGCCGCCUGGAGGAGGAGAGCGCAAGAAGAUGUCCCUAACAGUGGAGCCUGGGAACUCACAUCCUAAGGAUGGCAGACCAGUUUGCCUCCUUCCCUGCCUUAAAAGCAGCAUGGGGCUUCUUCUCCCCUCUUCCUGUCCCCUUUGCAUGUGAAAUACUGUGAAGAAAUUGCCCUGGCACUUUUCAGACUUCGUUGCUUGAAAUGCACAGUGCAGCAGCCUCCGAGCGCCACUGUUGCUGCCCGCCUCACCCACAGUAUCAUUCCAGAUUCCAAGAUCAUCCCAACAUGGCGAUUGCCUCUGGCUGCACUUCUCGACCCCCAGAAGGACCGCUGAAACCUGCCUUUCCAUUUCAGUUCAGGCCUAGCACUUGCUCUCAUUGGGAUCAUGAGAAAAGCUAGCCAUUGAACUACUUGGGGCCUUUAACCCAUCAUGGACGACAAAGAAAAACAACAAAAUCCUUUGAGUACAGUGCUUGGCCACUUGUUUACAGUCUUUUUUUUUUUUUAAUGAAUUCAAGAUUUAAUGAAUUUAACCAUUGUGCUCAGAGAAUAGAUGUUCUAUCCAUGUAAUAAUUACAGUGUUAUUUUGAACGUUAAGUAGGGUUGCCAGCCUGAGUUUCUUUUUUAAAAAAACAAACAUGCCCGACCUGGCUCUGCCCGGUCUUCUUGGCCUGCUGGCCUUGCCUCUUGCAAGUGCCCCAUCCCAGAAGGAUGAAGGGUUAUUAGCCAGUUAUUCCAGUACCGGGAUUUCUUGCCCACUUCCUUAGUGGGUGAGUGGGUUCUCCGCACAUCUGUUUGCACGUGACCGGGGACGGAAUGGGCCCCUGGUGUGCUGUCUGAGCUGAUUGCAGGCAGGACCGCGUCAUGGGAGGAUGUGUCCCGCUCCACCGAGAUGGAUGGCAAACCCUGUUUUUAAGUUAUAUUUCUUUGAUUUUUUUGUUGUUGUUAAUUUAGAGUUGUAGGGCUUUCUUAUUUUUUUAAGGAAACAUAACUGGAUAGCAUUGCAGUGACAGCAGCUUGGGAUGUUGAAGCUAUGCCAGCUGCAAAAAUACUGCUCUUUCAAGACAGCCGCCCUUUGUUGAAUUGGCAUUAGGAAACAAGUCUUUAAAUAUGAUCAACGAUCAAAAACCUGGUUAAUUAUGCCAGCCUUUGCAAGGAGGGUCACAGUAACUAACCUGGAAGUGGCUUUAAGGACACUGCACAGAGAAGGCCUAAGUGUAGCAACCAUCUGCUCACAGCUGCUAUUAACCCUAGAAUGACUGAAAAUGAUCCCUUUCCACUCUAUUUUUGUGUUGUUUUUUGCACAGACUCCGGAAAAGUGAAGGCUGCCAAUCUGAGUAGUACUCAAAUGUGAGGAACUGCUGGUCUUGGAUUUUUUUCCAUUAAAUUCAGCUGAUCAUAUUGAUCAGUAGAUAAACGUAAAUAGCUUCAAAUUUUAAAAGUCAAAUUGCAGUGUUUUUUCACUGUAUCAAACAAUGUCAGUGCUUUAUUUAAUAAUUCUCUUCUGUAUCAUGGCAUUUGUCUAUCUACCUGCUUAUAUAUUAUUACAUUGUCAAUUAUGCAUUUGUAAUUUUACAUGUAAUAUGCAUUAUUUGCCAGUUUUAUUAUAUAGGCUAUGGACCUCAUGUGCAUAUAGAAAGAGAAAUCUAGCUCUACCACAAGUCGCACAAAUGUUAUCUAAACAUUAAGUAAUUGUAGAACAUAGGACUGCUGAUCUCAGUUCGCUGUGAUGUCAAGUGCAGAAUGUACAAUUAACUGGUGAUUUCCUCAUACUUUUGAUACUACUUGUACCUGUAUGUCUUUUAGAAAGACAUUGGUGGAGUCUGUAUCCCUUUUGUAUUUUUAAUACAAUAAUUGUACAUAUUGGUUAUAUUUUUGUUGAAGAUGGUAGAAAUGUACUAUGUUUAUGCUUCUACAUCCAGUUUGUAUAAGCUGGAAAAUAAAUAUAACAUAAAGUCUUGCCUAUA